UGGUGGGAGAGGGAGCUCAGGGAGGUUCAUCAGACCCGCCGCAGUCAGCUUCUCCGAUUAGUCAGCAACGGCCGGCUGCCCGGGCCUUUCAUCAAGUCGUAACUGCAUACGUCCUCCUCUUGCUCCUUCCCAGUCAGAGCGGUCACUGGAUGAGCUCAAUGAUUUAGCCCUUCAGGCUGCUAGCAGGUACCAGCCAGAGAGCACCUCUCGGCGUUGGAAAGAGGAUCAGACACGGCGGGCGAGGGUGUCAACAGUUCAACACAGGUUCCUUUUCUUCUUCAUGUAGUUUCUUUCUUUGUUCGAAAGCUCUUCUCGAUCCGGCUAGCAAGUUAAGUUCGUUCUUCGAAAUUUCUUCAGUCAUCUUAUAGGAUGGUUUUGGGAGUUUGCAGUUGGACAUGAGUAACUUGUUUCAUGCCUGAGCUUCUUCUAUAGUUCAGUAAUUACUGAUGGAGAUGGAGUGAUCAUUGCUCUGAUCGAUUCAGAAACAGAUUUUGGAUUUCUUUUCCCUUUGUUUGGAGUUAGACUACGAAGGAAAAAAAAAAUGUUUUUGUUGGGAUUGCAGCUUCAUUUCUGGUUUUCCCCGAACUGUUCUUUCACCUAACUUGAUUAUGUGACGCAUGCCAUGACGCUGGACUGCAAACAAACUUGCAACCCGGAAGCACCGCAAACAUGGGGAAUGCCGCUGUUGCAAUCAUUUCCUCAAUCGCCGGAACUGCGACGGUAGUAGUAGUGAUCGCCCUCAUCAGAAGAUGCCGGGUCGUGAGGAAGAAAAUGAAGAAGAAGAUCGGGAAGAAAAUCAUUAAGGAGAUUGAGAGAAUGAACCGCGAGGCUCAAGCCUGCAAGGCCCUGGAGGACGUGGUGAUCGAGAUCGGGCCGGUGGAGAAGUUCCUGAACGACAUCCUCAACGAGAAGCCCAUGCGUUUCAGCUCCGAGCAGCUGGCGGCCUGCACCCGGAACUACUCGUCGGAGCUGGGGUCCGGCGGCUUCGGAGUGGUGUACAAGGGCGACCUGCCGAACGGCCUUCCGGUGGCCGUGAAGGUCCUGAAGGUGUCCAUGAACAAGAAGGUCCAGGAGGCGUUCAUGGCGGAGAUCGGCACCAUCGGCCGGACGUACCACGUGCACCUCGUCCGGCUCUACGGCUUCUGCUUCGACAGGGACACCAAGGCGCUUGUCUACGAGUUCCUGGAGAAGGGCUCCCUCGAAAAGUACCUCUACGGCGGCGACGAGGAGGGCACGGCGCCGAGGCUGGAGUGGAGGACGCUGCACAGCAUCGCCGUCGGCACGGCGAAGGGGAUCCGGUACCUUCACGAGGAGUGCCAGCAGCGGAUCGUGCACUACGACAUCAAGCCGGCCAACAUCCUCCUCACCGGCGACUUCACCCCGAAGGUGGCCGACUUCGGGCUGGCGCGGCUCGGCGAGCGGGAGAACACGCACAUGUCGCUGACCGGCGGCGGGCGCGGGACGCCCGGGUACGCGGCGCCGGAGCUGUGGAUGGCGCUGCCGGCGACGGAGAAGUGCGACGUGUACAGCUUCGGGAUGGUGCUGUUCGAGAUCCUGGGGCGGCGGCGGAACUUCGACCCCUGCGAGGGCGAGAGCAAGGAGUGGUACCCGAGGUGGGUGUGGGAGAAGUACGAGCAGGGCGAGCUGGAGUGCGUCGUGUCCGGUGACGGCAUCGGGGAGGCGGACAGGGACAAGGCGGAGAUGAUGUGCAAGGUGGCGCUGUGGUGCGUGCAGUUCCAGCCGGCGGCGCGCCCGACGAUGAGCAGCGUGGUGCGGAUGCUGGAGGGGGAGAUGGCCAUCGUUCCGCCGGCGAACCCCUUCCACUACGUGAUGGACAGUAGCAGCGGCUCCACGAGCUCGGGGCUGUGGAGCAGCGGCACGUACCAGAGCAGCAGGGACACCACCGGCAGAAACAGCCAGAUGUCAGGGAGCCAUUCUGCCUUACAGCUUGACGCGAUGAUCGAAGAUGUUAAGCGGACUGAUGUGCCGGUGUCAAUGAAAUAGAGCCAGUAGUCCUGUCCACAUUUGUUAGUGUAUUUUACGUCUUGUAAAGUAAGCAGAGCGCACUUCUCUGUUUUAGUCAUACCUGCAUCUUCAUGCUAUUUUAUUUGACCUUGAACCCCUGCAAAUUGAACUAUAGAUUUCAAGAAAACCAUUAUGGGAUCUCAAGCCA